GUGUUUCGGUGUCGGCGGCCAUUAUUCUACGUAUAAUUUUAAUUUUUUUGCUAUUUAGUGCUUCGAAACAAAGGACUAAACUAUUUUCAAGAUAUUUCUCAGCUUCGUAAUUUUGUGGAAAAUACACUUGUAGUACAAAAAUGAAUCCAGAAUAUGACUAUUUAUUCAAGUUGCUGUUGAUUGGUGAUUCUGGUGUGGGGAAGUCGUGCUUGCUGCUCAGAUUCGCCGACGAUACAUACACGGAGAGCUAUAUCAGCACUAUCGGUGUGGACUUUAAAAUUAGGACUGUAGAAUUAGAUGGCAAGACAAUAAAGCUACAGAUAUGGGACACUGCAGGACAGGAGCGGUUUAGAACAAUCACGUCGUCAUACUACAGAGGAGCGCACGGAAUUAUUAUUGUUUACGACUGUACAGACCAGGAUUCAUUCAGCAACGUGAAGCAAUGGCUGGAGGAGAUCGAUCGCUACGCGUGCGACAACGUGAACAAGCUGCUUGUUGGCAACAAGUGCGAUCUCACCACGAAGAAAGUUGUCGACUAUACCACAGCCAAUCAAUACGCCGAACAGCUGGGUAUUCCAUUCCUUGAAACGUCGGCCAAGAACUCGACGAACGUGGAACAAGCGUUCAUGACCAUGGCGGCGGAGAUCAAGGGACGCGUGGGCCCGCCGUCGGCCGGAGCCGCGCCACCAGGCGCUGCCGUCAAGAUCGACCAGGGACGCCCCAUCGAUACUGGCAAGUCUUCUUGCUGCUGAAUGCCGACCGCACGGCUGGCGGCAUAACGCAAGGGAAGUGGGAGUCGCAGGCGCCGGCCGCCACACCCGCAACUAAAAUGCAAUUACCACAAAAGAUUCAUCGCAUCUUACAGUUAAAUGAUAUACUAUAGUUCCGCCGCACCGCGUCUCCCGCGCGGUACAAAAACACUUCAGAAACUUUUGUACACGCGGACUAUGGGCCACUCUAGUGCUAAAUGAAAACCACUGCUUCUAAGGCCGCAAAUUACCGUCUAAAAGUAUAUUUGUAUUGUAUUGUCUUUAC